AUGUCUUCCGACCUCGACUCCCUACAGAACCCUGAUCUGGCCGAAGAAAUCGAAGCCAUCAAUGCGAUCUACGAGCCCGACACCGUCGUCGUAACCAGUACACCGGCAUCCAAUACAACUACCACUACGACAUCAACAUCAACAAUACCAACGUCUACAUCUACACUAGAUAUCGGCAGCUCCGGGGCCCCGAACCCAAGCGCGCAUUCUACGACCGCGAAGCUACAAAUCCCCAAUCAUCCGCACCUGUCGUUUAUUCUGGGCUUCGACACCUCGUACCCUGACACCCCGCCUCGGAUCUUGGGGACCGCGUCGACGGCGUCGCGCGGAGAGGGGAAAUUAGCCGUCGAUGUGCUGGAGGAUAUUGUUGGACGAAGCUACCAGCCUGGUGUGGUCUGUCUGUUUGAUGUGAUUAAUGAAGCGGUAGAGGCUUUUCAAGAGUUGAAUAUUGGGGGGAGCAACAACCACAACACUACUAAAGAUGGGGACAAGGGAACCGGGACAACAGCAGAAUCCGACGAAACGUCACCGUCGGACCUGAAGCCAGAGGAGAUCGCGACGCUGUCGCUCCGCGAUAGUUUUGGGAUCGAUAGUCCCCCCGACUGGAUUCUGUCGGACGUGGUGACGGAGAAGAAAUCGGUGUUUGUCGGUCGAGUGGCCCGGGUGUCGACGCUUGAGCAGGCUCAAGCAUACCUGGACUACUUGCUCGCGACGGAGAAGAAAGUUGCAGCCGCAACACACAACAUCAGUGCGUGGCGCAUUCGGGAGCAGAAACCCGUCGGCGCAGGAGGAGGCAAAGGCGAAUCUACAGAGAAUACCGUGCAGGACUUCGACGAUGAUGGCGAGACGGCGGCUGGGGGCCGUCUGCUUCAUCUCAUGCAGUUGAUGGACGUGUGGGAUGUGGUGGUGGUGGUUACGCGAUGGUACGGUGGAAUCCACCUGGGGCCGGAUCGAUUCCGGAUCAUCAAUGCCGUCGGCCGAGAUGCUUUGAUCAAAGGAGGGUUUGCUAAGGAGAGCGGUGGAGGAGGGAGUGGUGACAAGGGCAAGAAGAAAGGGAAAAAAUGA